CCAAACAUGAAAUUAGAAGCAGACAGGGUUUUGAUGCUGCUGAGACGCUAAGUGCAACUAUCCUUACUUUCUGGGAAUAAAUCAGAACAUCGUUUUGGAACACACAGAAGGGAAGGGGCCUCACAGAGAAAAUAGUAAAACACUUCAUAGUGGGAAAUUUCCUUCGUCUAUUAUACAAGUCCCAUCAUGCCAGCUCCAUUCCUUCUCUGUCUAAACCCCACUUCGUUCCACUGCCACACCCACUCUCCGUCCUUCUAACAUCUUGCUGUACCUUCUUCUUCCUCUGCCUCUUUAGCGGCCUGAUUCUAUCAACAUGCCUGCGACUGUGUUAGCCAAUUAAAUUAAAUCCCUGUUGAGAGGAAGGAAGAGGAGAGAGCAAUGACGAACUAUGUGUUUCUGAACGAUCAGCUUUCGACGCACACCUCAAUUUUUGGGUUACGAUUGUGGGUUGUGCUGGGCAUUUGCGUAGGAGCAGCUAUAGUUAUUGUUCUGUUUCUCAUAUCUCUCUGGUUCACCAAGCGCAACAACAAUUCCUCCAACCACAACUCUUCACACAAUCCUACCAUUCCGAAUGUCUCUAAGGAGAUCCAGGAAAUCAGGAUUGACCCUUCGGGUGACCCAAGCCAUGGAAAGUCCGACUCGUAUCCAGAAGCAGAGGCUAAGGCGGAUGGGGCCCAAGCCAUGCUCGUUCAGCAGCAGGGGGAUGGUAGCCAAAGAAUUCACAUAGAGAUUGGUAAAGAUCACCGGAUUUCGUAUCCUGAGAAGGGUGGUGGUUCAUCGCAUGGAAGUGGUGACCAGGGUUCAAUUUCUGUGCCUGAGGUUUCGCAUUUGGGGUGGGGCCAUUGGUACACUCUCAGAGAGCUCGAGGUCUCUACCAACGGGUUUGCGGACGAGAACGUCGUAGGUGAAGGCGGCUACGGAAUUGUUUAUCGCGGGGUGUUGGAGGAUGAUACCAAAGUUGCGAUUAAGAAUUUGCUGAACAACAGGGGACAAGCUGAAAAGGAAUUUAAGGUAGAAGUUGAAGCAAUUGGACGUGUUCGGCACAAGAAUUUGGUGAGGUUACUUGGAUAUUGUGUUGAAGGAGCCCAUCGGAUGCUUGUGUACGAGUAUGUGAACAAUGGAAACCUAGAACAGUGGCUUCACGGGGACCUUGGGCCUUCUAGCCCUCUGACAUGGGAUAUUCGCAUGAAUAUAAUACUUGGAACAGCUAAAGGGUUGACAUACCUUCACGAGGGACUCGAACCUAAGGUGGUUCACCGUGAUAUCAAGUCAAGCAACAUAUUGCUCGAUAAGCAAUGGAAUCCAAAAGUCUCUGAUUUUGGCCUUGCAAAGCUCUUGGGAUCAGAGAGAAGUUAUGUAACAACACGUGUGAUGGGAACAUUCGGGUAUGUAGCUCCAGAAUAUGCCAGUACUGGCAUGUUAAACGAAAGAAGUGAUGUGUACAGCUUUGGUGUGCUUAUCAUGGAGAUAAUUUCUGGAAGAAACCCGGUCGAUUACAGCCGGCCUCCUGGAGAGGUGAACCUGGUUGAGUGGCUGAAGUCCAUGGUUGCUAGCCGGAAUGCAGAGGCGGCGCUUGAUCCUAGGCUACCUGAGAAGCCUUCUUCAAGGGCACUGAAGCGUGCUUUAUUAGUAGCUCUGAGAUGUGUGGAUCCAAAUGCCCAGAAAAGGCCAAAGAUGGGCCAUAUUAUACAUAUGCUUGAAGCUGAUGAGUUCCCUUUUCGAGAUGACCGAAGAACCGGAAGGGAAAACGGACGCUCCCAGCGGAUGAGCACGAGAGAUGGGUUGAAGGAUAAGCAAAUAUGUGAAUCAGGUGAAAGUAGUGGAUAUGAAAGUAGUGUCCAAACUAGCAAGUCCAUAAGCAGAAACCAAGAAACCGAAGACCAGUAGCCUUUCUGGAGCUGAUUCACAAGACAACAAGGUGAAUUGACGCCAAAUAUAGAGAUGACACGAACAUCAUUUACUCUCCUGUAUGUAUUAUUCGUGUAUGCUUGCCUGGUUUUUUUGUAGAUUCUGCAGGAAUGCUUAUUUGCCUUCUGGUAUUAACUUGUAUCUCAAGAUAUUCCGGUUCCUCUAAUGUGUUGUCUAAAUAUUGUAGAGGGAAAGAAUUCUUUUAAUCUUAUUAGACAUGUUAUUUACUUUGAUUG